CUUUUGUACCUUUCAAACCUCAAUCAGUGCGGUCUUCCUCUAGUGUACAGCGUAAAUUUACAGAAAAUAAAACAAUCAUUUGAUUAUGUACCUCGAAACAAGAUAAUAAGUUUUGAUACACUCUCGGUUUUAUUGUUAACUGCAUAUUAAUAGCGCAUGGUGUAAACGUUGUAACUAUAUUCCGUGAUGGGAUGUUUACUAAGUAUUGACGAGAAGGAAGCUGUCCUAAGAUCUAAACAGAUAGACGCCUCACUCAAAAGCGAUGGCGAAAAAAUGGCAAGAAUAGCUAAGCUGUUGUUGUUGGGUGCUGGUGAGUCUGGGAAAAGUACAAUACUUAAGCAGCUAAAGAUUAUUCACCAGUCUAGCUACACAAGAGAGGAGUGCUUACUUUAUAAGCCUGUUGUUUAUAGCAACACCGUUCAGAGUAUGAUAGCAAUUAUACGAGCCAUGGGUCACUUGUACAUUAAAUUUGAGGACGAGUGCCGAAUAGACGACGCUCGAACUUUAUUUGCGUGUGCGAAUGAGGCCGCAGACGGUUACUUAUCAACUGAACUAUACAAUGCUCUUUAUCAACUCUGGAAUGACGAUGGUGUUCAACAAUGUUUUAAGCGUUCAAGAGAAUAUCAAUUAAAUGAUUCAGCAUCUUACUUUUUCAAUUCUUUAGAUAGAUUGGCUAAACAUGAUUACAUUCCGACCGACCAAGACGUAUUAAGAACACGUGUAAAGACUACGGGCAUACAAGAAACUCAGUUUUCUUACAAAAAGAUUGAGUUCCGGUUAGUAGAUGUCGGCGGACAAAGAUCAGAAAGAAAAAAAUGGAUUCAUUGUUUCCAAGAUGUCACUGCAAUCAUAUUUGUGGUUGCAUUAAGUGAAUAUGAUCUUGGUCUAGCUGAAGACCAAACAACUAACCGAAUGGUUGAAUCUAUGAAUUUAUUUGAUUCCAUAUGUAAUAAUAGUUGGUUCACAGAGACCAGUAUGUUGUUAUUUUUGAAUAAGCGCGAUUUGUUUGAACAAAAAAUCUGCCAUUCACCACUAACAAUUUGUUUUCCAGAAUAUAUAGGUGAAAAUAAUUAUCAAGAAGCUGGAUUAUAUAUACAGACAAAAUUUGAAGCACUUAAUAGACAGACAACAAAAGAAAUCUAUACACAUUUUACAUGUGCGACAGAUACUACAAAUAUACAGUUUGUAUUCGAUGCUGUAACAGAUGUUAUCAUAAGGCGUAAUCUUAAAUUAGAUGGACUUUUAUAACAUUUCUUCAUAUUUUUUUAUGUUUGCGUACAUAAACAACUUGUGUGAGAUUUUAUCUUUUGAACAUUAUGUAUACUGUUCUAUGAUUAUGUAUGAAUUAUUUGUAUAAACCUUAUGAAGUAAUAAAAUUAGCUUCAUCACGUAAAUUACGACCUUAGUAGUAAGAAUAUAUAGGAUAUAUAUCUUUGUGAUAAAAGUACACAUGACGUUCUCCAGUGAACUUAUAACUUGUCUUUAUGCUUUUAUAUGUCUUUUAAAGAUCCUUAUACUAUUAAGAUUACUUUAAUACGAAUAAAUGUUUUAUGAAAUUUUAUCGUUAUUAUUCCCUUCGUUUUUAGAAGAACGUUUGUCCAAUUGUAAAUCUUAAAACAUAUGUGUGAGCUAACUUUUCUGUAUCAAAUAAUGAACUUCAAUAACAUUUAAAACGUACUGCUGAUGCAUAGCGAUAUAAUUGGAAAAUUUAUUUUUCGUUCGAAUAUUUUGAAUCACCUGUAUUUUAUAGGUCAUUUUGUA